ACAUUUUCCCAUUUCAUUUCAUUCCGUUCCCCCAUUUUCUUUCUAACUGAUAAAAAUAAAUUAAAAUAAAUAGCAGCAGCAGAAAGAGAAGUCGUAGUAGCAGGGUGAGACCUCGCAUCAAAACGAGAACACAUUCACGAGAAACAAAAAAGAAACAAUGUGGAGAAGACUGGCCUCUUCACACCUCAGAACCCUAGUCACCACCACUACCACCUCCGCGCGAUCCACUCAAUCCCGUCUCCUCAGUCGAUCAAUCAUCAAUCCAUCUCCUUCCACUUCUCUUUUCAAUCGCUAUUUUAGCGCCGACUCAGUGGAUGGUGCCGUGAAGAAGAGAGUUGAGGUUGUGAUGCCUAUUGCUACUGGACAUGAGCGGGAGGAGCUAGAAGCUGAGCUUCAGGGAAAGAAACUUCUUGAUAUAGACUUUCCUGAAGGCCCUUUUGGCACAAAGGAAAAGCCUGCUGUUAUCAAGUCCUACUAUGACAAGAGAAUAGUUGGAUGCCCUGGAGGUGAAGGAGAGGAUGAGCAUGAUGUUGUGUGGUUUUGGCUGGAGAAAGGCAAGCCUCAUGAAUGCCCGGUGUGCACACAGAACUUUGUGCUGGAAGUAGUGGGCCCCGGAGGACCGCCCGAUGGACACGGUGACGAUGAUGAUCACCAUCACUAAUUGCAGCUUUCAAUUUUGCUGGUGGAAUAAAAUUUGAGAAGAUGAUGAGACAAUUCCCAGUAUACAAUGCAGCUUCGAAGUUCCAAAGCUUCAUAAUGUCUUGUUUGUUUUUGAUUGGUCCUUUAUCGUUGUGGCAGUUGCUUUCGCAACAAUUGGAAUGGAAUCUCUUUUGUGGUUAUGUAGACACAGACAGGUCAAUUACUGGAUCUCGGGAUUUUGUUACGCCCUUUUAAUGCAUUGCAAAAUAAUCAAUGGCGUACAUUCUUUCAAGUUUCAUGGAACUUCAUGAUGUAGUUUCAAGGGAGCCAUAGAAUCUCUGGAGUUCUGUGAGAUGGUGCCUUUCUUGCUCCAUCACCGGUACAGUAUUCAAUGUUAUUAUUGGCGUGUGCCAUUGCAAAAUUCGGAAUGAUGUAUCACGAAUAACGAAUGAAUUUUUAUCAAUCAAUACUUGGAUUCUG